CAGAAAAGAGAGCCGAAAAGAGAGCUGAAAAUGCUAAUGUUGAAGAUAUUCCUAUGGAAAAAAUUUCUUUUAAAGAAAUUGCUGAUUAUAUGACUGAUAGCAUAGAGCAAAAUGAAAACCCUAUUAAUUUUUGCAUUAUACUUGAUGAAAAUACACUUAGUAUUGCUGAUAUAAACAUUAAGCUAAUGGCCAAAUUGAUUGUUGACGAAAUCGAAGAAGGAGAUAGCUAUAACUGGAUUACAUCUAAUCAGGAUGCUCAUGAAAAAGAAAACACCUAUGAAAGAGAAUAUAUUGAAAGGCGUGAGAAAGUUGAAUUUAAAAUUGUAGAACUAAACCGCUUAAUUGAUCAUAUAAAUAAAGAAUGGUCAGCAAAUAAUUUAAAUCAUGUAGAAGCAAUAGUUAAUAAUUUAGACCGCGCCUUUACCAUUCUUAAAGACAUAGAUAAAGCAAAAAAUAAAAGGCUUCGUGAUACAACUUGGAGUAGUUCGAAGCCUUGGACCUUAUAUUUGUAA